UGGCACGCCUUCGUUCCUGGUGGUACCCUCCACCGUCUCUUCACCAGUCCUGCUGAAGCUGUUCCUUGGCCUGGGGACCCAGAAAGAAAAGUCCCUGUGACAGCAGCCAGCAUUGUUUCAGGAGGCAGGGACAUUGACAACAUGACCGAAAAUUGGAAAUAUGUGGAAGCCUCUCAGAAGGGCUGCUACAGGGACACAAUGCUGGAUGGAUAUGAGAGAAUGGUCCCACCGGGCUCCUUCUUACAGUUCUCCAUGCUGCCCCAGAGAGCUGGGAAUGACCCAUCUGGUGUCUCAAAUAUGAGUGAGGUGGAAAUGGAGAUAAGAGACAUGAGAGAAAAGUUUCUUACAAACAUAACGAAGUUAGUAGAAAGCAAAAGUUAUAACAGCAAGGUGUUUUCCAAAGAAAAGUACUUCCAAACAAUAAAGGAAGUCAAAGAAGCCAAGGAAAAGGGGAAGAAGUCAUCACGAGACUAUCGCCGUGCAGCAAAAUACGACGUGAUCUCUGUAAAAGGCAUGGAGAGACUAAUCGAGGCUACUCACGGAGAACAAGAUCGAAUACGGUAUUAUGUACAUAAGGAAGAGUUAUUUGAAAUUCUCCAUGAUACGCACCUCAAGAUUGGACACGGAGGGCGGACACGCAUGCUCAAGGAGCUGCAAGGAAAAUAUGGGAAUGUUACCAAGGAAGUCAUUGUCUUAUAUCUGACCCUGUGUAAACAGUGCCACCAAAAGAACCCAGUUCCCAAGAGGGGCCUUGUGCCCAAGCCCGGGACAUCCAAGGACAUUGACUCCAGGUGCCAAGUUGAAAUACUUGACAUGCAACCAAAUGCUGAUGGCGAGUUCAAGUUUAUUUUAUAUUACCAGGAUCACUUAACCAAGUUUAUUAUUUUACGGCCAUUAAAAGCCAAGCGGGCCCAUGAAGUGGUCAGCGUCUUACUGGAUAUUUUCACAAUUCUGGGUGCACCCAGCGUGUUGGAAUCCGACAGUGGCAUAGAGUUCACAAACCAGGUUGUUAAUGAGCUCAACGAGGUCUGGCCAGACCUAAAGAUUGUCUCUGGGAAGCACCCCUCUGGCCAAGGCCAAGGCUCCCUGGAGCGAGCAAGCCAGGACGUAAAGAGCAUGAUAAGUGCCUGGAUGCAGAGUAACCAUUCCCAUCACUGGGCCUCCAGCCUGCGAUUUCUGCAGCUGUUGAGGAAUCAAGCCUUUGACGUGUCCCUGCAACAAAGUCCAUACGAGGCCAUGUUUGGUUGUAAAGCCAAACUUGGGCUCUAUUCCUCAAACUUGCCCCGGGAAACUGUGGCCAUUUUACAGACAGAAGAAGAGUUGGGAAUUGCUGAAGAACAGCUGGAAAACAGCCUCUGGAUCAGGCAGGAAGAAAGGGCCGAGGCUGGAGCAGACAGAUCCGAUAUGGACGAUGACGUGGAUCUCGCGGCUGCCGAAGCCGGGGAGCCCAGCACCUCCCAAGGGAACCCCAGCCUCCUCUGCUGCUGAACUGACCCCUGCUGGGUGGACACGCACAGGUGUCUCCCCGGUCAUUGCACAGCCAUCUGGGAACGGUUGCCAAAGCCCCAGGGGUCGAGAACAAGGCCGCACCCUCAGGUCAAGUCAUCCAUGGUCUUUCCUUGCUCAAAGGGGAAAUGUGGGAUCCGGGCUGUGCCUUAGUUUCCCUGGGUUGCCAGAACAAAAUACCACAGACUUGGUGGCUUAAAACAACAAGACUUUACUCUCUCCUAGUUCUAGAGGCCAGAAGUCCAAAAUCAAAGCGUGAGCGGGCUUGGUUCCUGCUCCAUUCUCUUCCUCCAUCUUCCCACAGUUCUUCAUGGCUCCCCAUUGUGCUCUGCAUGUUUCUGUCUCUUAUAAGGACACCCAUCAUUGGAUUUAGGGCCCAUCCUGAUCCAUGUGAUUUCCUCUCAAGACCCUUACCUUAAUUACAUCUGCAAAGACUGUCUCUCCAAAUAAGGUGACAUUCACAGGUGCCAGGGAUUUGGACUCAGACAUGUCUUUUUGGGGGGUACCGUUCAACCCCCCUGCAGUCGGUAGAAGGUUAUAUUUGCCUACGGAACAUGAACCGAUGGGAUCUGAAAAGUAUAGAGCUAGUGAGACUGCCCUGCGUAGAUCUAGUACACAUUCCUUCCCCUGCCCCUCAGACACAUAUUCCAGAAGAUGGGGCUCCCAGAGGAAAAACUGCAGAUGAGGGGCGAGCGAUGAGAAGAAAAGAGAUUGAUCCAAAAUGCCCUGCAGACUGGCCCCCUCACAGGCUGGGCUUUGUUUCCUGCUUUGAGAGAAAUGGUGUGAGCCAGCCCUGUUCCCAGAACUUCUCACACAGGGAAUCGUAUGAGCUGCAUGCAAUGGAUUUUAAAAGUAGAACUUGAUUUCCUCAUCUGAAACCAAGAGACAAUUGAAGCAGCUCACACUGAAGUUCUCUUCCAGCUCUAACUUUCUGGACUUGCUGUGUAGUGUGGAAAACAUCCUCUUGUACCUCGGUGCUUCCUUUCUCUCUAAGAACCCGGAUGCCUGAGCCAUCCCUCAGGGCCCAUGUCCCCACUUCCGGGAAGGUGAGAGAAGAUGAGAAACUCAGAGAUCAGUGCUCUCAUGCAUGUUCUCAGUUUACCACUUUAUCAGAACCAACUUUAUUAUAUGAAACAGAAUCUGCUUUGCUGCAGCUCUAGGCGAAGAAAGGACAUUUUCUCCUUCUUGUAUUUCCGAGAUUGUAUUACCAGAGUGUUUUUGAGGCUAAGCAUUGGAAUGUCAUUAGUUGGUGCUGAGAGGGACAGAGCAGGGGAAGCAUCUGAGAAGCUCAGACUUCCACUCUUGAUCCCAAAUUAUUUCUCAUGCUUUCUGGACAUUAGUGCAACAGACGAUUAAGGCCACUUGGAUACAUGGAGUUGUUUUUACCUUUUCAAAUUCGACGGCUUUUGGGUUUUAGAAUUUUAAGGGAAAAGAGUUUGGGUUUUUGUGUUGUUGGGUUUUUUUAAUGUGAUUUACACACAACUUUUCCAUUUGUUUUGUGAAAGUUUUACAGAAUUUGCUCUGAAACAUUAGACACUGUUAAAUAUAAAAGAGCAAGAGGUCUCCCUGGACUCUAUCCUUCAAAAAGUUAACUGAUGGAGUAUGACUCCUGGGGAUGAAUGUGGACCCAGCAUCGUGGGACUGAGAGUAUCUUCUUGACCAAAAGGGGGAUGCAAAAUGAGACGAAAUAGUUUCAGUGGCUGAGAGAUUUCAAAUGGA